UUAUUUUAAAAAUACAAAUAGUUUCCGAAACUGCAACCCUCGAUAACUGCUGCCUCUCUUUUCUUUGUCUCCACAUGCAGCUUCCUGUUCCUGCGCUAUCAUAUUAUUUAUAUAUGUGUAGUCUUAUCAAUGAUUAUCAAAGUGGUUUCUUGCAUGUGAUGCUGCCAUUUCAAGCAACAACAGCUUCAUUUACGCUUCCUUUCUUUCUUCUUUCUUCGACCCUUUUUCUGUUUACCAUUUUACUGACUCAACGUUCUUGAAGAUGGCUGAAGCUUCAAUGUAUUUCUGAAUCUGUAAAGCUUUCUGGGUAGUGAGCGUUUUGAUGUGAUCUGGAUUCUGGACUCAAGCAAGCAAAUGUGACCCAGAUUUGCAGAAACAAACUCACUCUUCACCUUCAAUACAGUUUAACUAGUUAGCUGCACACUUGUUGACUGAGAAAAUGAGUGAAAAGAUGAACCUCUUGUGUGUUUUCUCUGCAAUUUUCUUGUUGGGAACAUGUUUCUUGCCUGUUAUAGCUGACCCAGUUGAAGAUAAACGAGCGUUACUGGAAUUUCUUGGUAACAUUUGUCAUCCAGGCUCUCUCAAUUGGCAUGAAAAUAGCUCAAUGUGCAGUUUAUGGACUGGAGUGACAUGCAGUAAAGAUAGGUCCAGAGUAAUAGCCCUCUGGUUGCCUGGAUUUGCAUUGCAAGGUCCAAUUCCACCCAACACAAUUAGCAGAUUAUCUGCAUUACAAAAUCUGAGUUUGAGAUCCAAUAGUAUCUCAGGUUCAUUUCCUUCUGAUUUCUCAAAACUGCAUAGUUUGUCCACCCUUAACCUUCAAUUCAACAGCUUUUCUGGUCCAUUGCCGUCAGAUUUCUCAGUUUGGAAGAGUCUUGCAGUUAUUGAUCUUUCAAACAAUUAUUUCAAUGGGCAUAUCCCCUCUUCACUAUCAUAUUUGACUCACCUGACAUCUCUGAAUCUCGCUAACAACUCCCUUUCGGGUGACAUUCCUGAUCUCAACAUUCCCAGUUUGCAAUUGCUAAAUUUAUCCAACAAUCACCUCACUGGAAGCUUGCCUCACUCUCUUCAAAAAUUCCCAAGUGGAGCAUUUGCUGGUAACAAUGUUUCCUCAGAAACAGCCCUUCCUCCAGCUCUUCCAAUUCAACCACCAACAAAGACAAAAAGCAAAAAACUGAAUGAACAUGUGUUGUUAGCGUUGAUUAUAGGGGGUUGUGUCCUGGGGUUUGGGCUAGUUGCUCUUUUAAUUUUCUAUUUCUGUUCUCACAACGAAGGUCAAGAUGGGUUGCCAAUGAAAUCACAAAAGAAAGAGAAGUCAAUGGAGGCAGGGGCCUCUGAGGGUCAAGAUAAGAACAACAGUCUUGUGUUCUUUGAGGGUUGUAAUCUUGUGUUUGACUUGGAGGAUCUGCUGAGGGCCUCUGCUGAGGUGCUUGGGAAGGGCACAUUUGGGAUAACCUAUAAAGCAGCACUAGAGGAUUCAACCAUGGUGGUGGUGAAGAGGCUGAAGGAAGUGAAUGUGGGCAAAAGAGAGUUUGAACAACAAAUGGAGGUGGUGGGAAAUCUAAAGCAUGAAAAUGUAACUUCAUUAAGAGCAUAUUACUAUUCCAAGGAUGAGAAGCUUAUGGUUUAUGAUUAUUAUAGUCAAGGAAGUGUCUCAACAAUGUUACAUGGUAGAAGAGGGGAGGGACGGACAUCUUUAGAUUGGGAGACAAGAUUGAGAAUUGCAAUAGGUGCAGCAAGAGGCAUAGCUCAUGUUCAUACACAAAAUGGUGGGAAAUUUGUCCAUGGAGACAUAAAAACCUCAAAUAUUUUCCUCAACCCUCAAGGGUAUGGUUGUGUUUCUGAUAUUGGUAUGGCAACACUGAUGAAUCCAAUACCACCACCACUUAUGCGAGCUGCAGGGUACCGUGCCCCAGAAGUAACAGACAGUCAAAAAGCAACCCAGGCGUCUGAUGUAUACAGUUUUGGAGUCUUGCUGCUUGAGCUUCUCACAGGAAAGUCACCUAUACAUGCCACAAGUGGUGAUGAGGUUAUUCAUUUGGUAAGGUGGGUGAAUUCUGUGGUUAGAGAAGAGUGGACUGCUGAAGUGUUUGAUGUGGCACUUUUGAGGUUCCCAAACAUAGAAGAGGAAAUGGUGGAGAUGUUGCAAAUAGGAAUGGCUUGUGUUGUGAGAAUGCCAGAGCAGAGGCCAAAAAUGUCAGAGGUAGUCAAAAUGGUGGAGGAAAUCGGGCAAGUGAGUACCGAAAACUAGCCACCAUCAACAAGUCAAAAAUCUCAAGUUCAAGUCCAACAAUACCACAACCAACUACUGAACUUGGUUCUUUUUUGGUUUUUCGUCAGCCAAUAGCUAUUAGUGAUCAUGAUAGAAAGUUGGGUGCUAAGAUUAGUUCAGCUACCUGAUUCUGGUAAGGUCAAAAGCAAGUUAGGUUUUUGUCAAUUUGCUAAGAUUAGUUCAGUCAGCUACCUGAUUCUGGUAAGGUCAAAGGCAAGUUAGGUUUUUGUCAAUUUGCAUUAUCUAAGUAAUGAUUCACGAGCUGUUGUUAUGCAUGUGGAAUCAAAUGGCAUCGCUUAAUAAUAAAAUCAGUUUAAUCUCUUUCUUUCUAUA